ACUCCCUCUUAACCCAUACCCCUAUAAACCCAUACUCCCUUAUACUCCAUACAUUUCCCGGGUUACCAACCUCGUUUGCAGGGAAAUGCCAUGCAUAACCCAUAACUCUCCCAUACCCUAUAAUCCAUACCUUUUGGGGGGUAAUCUCCACUAUAUUUUUACCCAUAACCCAUACCUUGAUUGCUAUCAUUGCAUAUGAUACUCCCAAAAUGGGAUCACUCCCGAUUAGGCAAAUUGUCACAUCUGGACCUCCACGGAGGGGUAUGGGUUAAGAGGGAGUCGACUGUUGCACCCCUUGAUAAUUCUGAUUUCAGAUCGGAUGCUCUCUCAGGCCAGUACAAGCUACGAGGCAUCCAAAGUUCACUUGGACAUAACCGUAACGACGAAGACCAUCCUCUUGCCUACGAUGAUCGCGACUACGACCACUGUACAAAUGAGAUCGGAGGCUCGCAAAUUCUUCAAGAGGAGGGGACAGAUAAUGACGUGCCUCACAUGGCUCAGGACAGUGAAUUUCUAAUCACUGAUAGCUCCACUCGACAGUCUGGACCACCCGUAGUGGCACCCGAUCUGGCAGCAUUUGGCAUUCCGUAUGCUCCAGCUCAGUGGCAUGCUGCAUCGUCGUGCUCACGAGCCAAUCCUCUGUUAGGGGCACAUCAGUGGCUCCCACUUGUGCACGUCUCCAACCCCAUCCUUCUCAAAGUCGCCGCGUAUGAUCCGGACAACGCUCCUCGCACAGUUACCUACUCUCUCUCUCUCUCUCCGGAACCGGAACAAAGACUGACGGUUGUCAAGAAAACCAACUCCAACCAGAUUCUUCGGGUGGAGAAUAACAUCGUCCGGGUCGAGCAGUCAACCCAAUGCAUGGCGGAUGAUAUCCGUUCCUCAAUGCUUUAUGGCAUUCGCAUCACAUCGGCACGAGCUCCCGAAGGAUACCACGGCGAAAUUGGACACGAGAAUAUCGAACACUCUGUGGCAGGAAAUAACCAACAUCGCUUCUACGGAACUCAAUCGGCUGAAGCCAAACAUUGUCCCACGCCUAACAUCUUUCCUACCCGUCGACACUAUCAAUGA